AUGAGAAAAGGAAAACCAAGACAUGUACCAAUGUUUUUAAGAAGUGAAAAUAAAAAAAUAUUUUUUACAUUUUUUUCAUAUUUUAUGCCAAAAAAUGAUUUAAAUUUUAUUUUCGAGCACUAUGAUAUUGGGUUAAUUGUGCUAACAAAAAUUCACAAUAUAAGAAAAAAAUAUGAAGAUGAAAAGAAUAAUUUACAAAACCAAGAGAAUAAAUCAGAUAUAGAUGACAUGGAAUCUUUUGAUGAAAAAGUUAGAACAUUUUUCUUAAAUUACAAAAUAAAAUCUAAUAAUGAAGAAACAAUUGACACUAAAAAAAUAAAAAAUGAAAAGCACAAAAAAAGUAAAAGGAAUAUAUUAAAUAAUGAAAAUAAUCGAGAGCAUUUAAAUAAAAACGUAAACAGCAAAAGUAACAGUUUUGAUGCUCAACCAGCAACUAAAGAGGCAAAUAAUUUUUCUAAUGAAAAUAAAGAAUUAUUUAAAGUUAAUGAAAAUGAAAUAAUAAAUAAUAAUUUAAAAAAAAAAAAUAAAAAAGUUAAGGUACAAGAAAAUAUCAAUAACAAUGAAUCUUAUUUAAAAAGUGUAAAACUAGAGUUAGAUAAAUGCAACGAGGAAAAUCAAUCAUUUACUAAAAAUGAAUAUGAUAAUAUGAAUAUUAGCAAUGCAACUAAUAAAAAUGAGAAUUUAAUAGAAAAAAUAAGUGAUUUAAGCAAGAUAGAGAAUGCUAACAUAGGGAUAAAGAGCAACAAAGAACAAGACAAUGAAAAAAAAGAAAAUUGCAAUGAAAUUGAAAAAAUAGUUAAAAAAGAAGAAAAUAGUGAAAUUAUAGAGAAGAUGGAAAUAAAAAAAGAAAUAUACGAAGAUGAAGAAGAAAUGUACGACAAUAAAGAAAUAGAUGAAGAUGAUGAUAUACAUAAAAAUAAUGAAAAACAAAAGAAUUUGAUCAUGAAGGAAUUUAAGAAAGUAAAAAAAAAUAUUAGUUUAAUAGAGGGUAGUGAAGAUAAACAGAAAGAAAAGGUAAAUGAAGAUUUAAAAAUUGAAAAGGAAUCAUAUGAUAUGAGUUUUCCUUUAAAAAAAAAAAAUGAAACCUACAAGAAAUUUAGUAAAAGAAUUAAUAGAAAAAAAAUAAAUGAUUUUGUUGAUGACCAUGAUGACUAUUGCUUUUAUAUAACAGAUCUUUGUAAGAAAGGUACUAUGCUCUCGUUGAAGAAAAAUGAAUUAAUAAAUGAUAAGAAUGAAAAAUAUAAAUUAAGCUCUGCUAAAUUUAUGGAGACAUCAGAAAACAACAAAAAUAGUUCAUUUAAUGAAUCACAUCCAUUAAAUAAUAUCUUAAUAAAUACUAAACUAAGUGAGCAAUUUAAAGAGAAUAAAACUAGUGAAUCAAAAAAUUUACAAAAAAGUAAAGGAAAUUUUCCUCAAAAUUCAAGAAUACCAAUUAAUGAAACUAUAUUAUUACCGAAUGCUUACCCGAUAGAUAAUGAUAACAAUAGUUAUAAUUUAAAUAAUAUAGAAAACUUACAACAUAAAGAUAAUUAUAUAGCAGAAAAAAAUUUUCAAAAUUCUAUAUAUUAUAUGAAUGGAGAAAAUAACUUUUUUAGAAACUCAGUUGACGAAAAUAAUGUAAAUUAUCUCAAUCUAAACAUUAAAAAUAAAAAUAACUUUGAAAAUAAAACAGAAAUUACAGAUGAAAUAGAAUAUUCUAAAUUUUUAGAAAAUAACCAAAACGUUAUGAAUGAUAAAAAAAAAUCUUAUAUAAAAUAUGAAAAAACUAAAAAAAUUUCUCAAAAUAAAAGCAAGAAAAAGAAUUAUAAUGAAAUUAACAAAAAAAUGAUGUAUGUAAAUGAUCAAUCAAACCAUGAUUUUGUAAAUAAUAAAACAAUUCAAAUAAAGGAUGAGCAACUAUAUCAAAAUGGUAAUUAUGAUUAUUAUACUAUAAAUAAUCAAAACGGUUUCAAUAAUUUUUAUUCAAGUAACAUUAAUGAAAUAAAAAAUGAUAUUAAUGAACAAAAUAGUUACACAAAUAAUAAUAAUGGAAAUAAUAUAAAUAAUAAUAAAUGCAGUACUAAAAAUGAGAAUAGCAUUAAUCAAAAUUUUCAAGCAAACGGAAUAAAUAACUAUGAUACUAAUUUUAAUUUAAGCAAUUACCAAAAUAAUACAAGUAAUAUAAGUACUAAUUCAAACAUGAAUGCAUCAAAUAAUAAUCCAAAAAAUAUGAGUAAUAAUAAUUAUAACACCCCAAAUCAGAUUAAUAAUGAUUUCGUUAAUAUGAACAUAAAUAAUGAAAAUAUGUUUACAAACUAUAACAUAAAUAUUAACUAUUUAAAAAAUAAUGCAGAUGAAAAAAAUUAUACACAAAAUAGUUUUGAUGAAAAUGAUAAUAAUGAUGAUAAUAAUAAUAAUGAUAAUGAGGAUAAUUAUGAAAAAAUUAAUAUAAAAAAUAAUGUUUAUAUAAAUGGCAAUGUUAACAACAAUGAUAUUUAUUUUAAUAAUAAUGACAAGAUAAAUAACUAUAUGAAAAAUUACAUAAGAAAUAACUUCCCUAAUGAUAAUGCAUUUAAUAAUAAUUAUUCCAAUAGUGCAAACAUUACUACUUAUAUAGAUAGCUGUAGUAACAAUAACAUUUAUAAUAUGAAAAAUAAUGAUAAAAAUGAGUUUAGUGGAAAAAACACAUCAAGUUAUAUUAACAAAAUACGAAAUGUGCAAUAUAAUAGUAAUAAUAUCUUACAAAAUGAAAUUUUCAAUAAGUUAAAUGAAAAUAAUUUUAAAGAUCAGCCCAUAUUUCCAACGAAUAAAAGUAAUUCUCAAAGUAGACAGGAAGAGCAGUUAAAUCGUUACGUUAUUCCUUUAGCAAAUGCCCAAAACAAUAAAAAAAAUGUAUAUAAAAAUAGCAUAUAUGUGCAAAAUGAUAAUAUAAGAGAACCUAAUUUUUCAUUUAAUUGUUUUUACGAUGAUAGUAACCAUAUUAAUAACAAUUUCUCCAAUUUAAAAAAAAUUAAAGAAGAAAUAGAAGAAUCAACAACAAAUUCUAAAAACAUAAACAAUGUGUAUCAGACAAAAAGUAAAGUGGAUAUCUCAAAUAAUAAAGCAAAUAUGCAAAAUGUAUAUAAUAAUUAUUCUAAGAUCAUUGAAAAUGGUUGCAAUGCUCCAAACUUUGAUAACAACGAUAUGAUAAAUAACUAUUUAAAUUUGAAAUAUUUAAGUAAAAAUUCAUUAAGUGAACGAGAAGAAAAACAAAAAGAAAUUUUAGAAAAAAAAAAUAAUGUAAAAGAAGAAAGGGAAGAUUAUGAUGAACAGAAAAAAACGCAAGGCAUAAUAGAAGAUAAUGAAAAUAUAAAAGAAUAUAAUUAUUUAAUUAAUGCUAUUAAAAAUGAAAAUCCAAGUUUUUAUAAUAUAAAUAGAAAUAACGUGAAUAAAGAUAAGAGUGAAUUAGAUAAUAAUUCAUUUAAGACACAAAAUCAAAGUGAAGAAUUGCAAUUUUCAGAUGAAAAAAAAAAAUAUAUUAUAAAAAAUAACAAUAAUAUUAUAUAUUCUACUUCAAAAAAUAUGGGUGGAAAGAAAGGAGGAAAUCAAAUUAGUAAUUAUAAUUAUGUAGAAAAUGAUUUAGAAAAAAAAAGAAAAAAAAUAAUACAAGAUACUUUUGAAAAAAACACUUCCUAUCAUCAAUUAAAAGAUACAUUUUUAUAUAACGAAGAAAAUUCUUUGAAAAAAAUACAAUCAGAAAAUAAAAAUUCUCUUCAUCACUAUAUAGAUUCAGAAAAUAAUUUAAUGGAUGAAAAUAGUAAAAUUGUGGAUCAAUUUUUAUGUAAUAAUUAUGAUAUUAAAAAUAUACAUAUGAAUAAUGAAUCAUCAUUAUUAUUUCGAAAUGAAGAUAAUAAUAAAUAUAUUGUACCAAAUAAUAUUGAAAAUGAUAAAGUCGACAAUAACAUCAAUGAUACAAGUUGCUUGAAGGAAGAAAAUGGUAGCUAUAAGAAUGAAUCUCAUUAUAAAAUUAAAAAUGUUAAUAAAAGUGUAGUUCAAAACAGUAAAUCCUACAUUAUGACAAAGAAUGGAUGCUUUAAGAAUAAUCAUAAUAAUUAUAUUGAAAUGAAAACAAAUUUGAAUAGCCCUAGCAAAUAUAGUAAUAAAUCUAAUUAUGAAACGUCUCUUAAAAAUAUCGAUAAUAAUGUUGAUAUUAUAGAAAAUAAUAUUGAGAUGAUAAAAAACGUUAACAAUAAUAAUAAUAGAAAUAAUAUUGGAGAUUCAAAAGUAAGUAUAAAUGAAGAUAUAAAUAGUAGAAAUGGUUAUAUAAAUAACGAUGAUACUAAUAUUAAUAAUUACAUGAUGAGUGAUGAAGUAAACAACUUAGAAUAUUCCAAAUUUUAUACAGAUGAUAAUGCCGAAACAAAAUCCUUCUCGGAACUAAACGAACAAAAUUCUUCAAAAAAUACUGUAUAUGUAAAAAAAAAAGAAGACUUUGAAAUAAGUGACUUGGGAUUAGUAACAGACAUAGAAAAUUAUAAUUAUAAAAAUAAAGCUAAUAAUUAUAAUAAAGAAAUGAAAUAUAAUGUUUAUGAUAUGAAAGUAUUACAGGAUUUAGAUAAUUAUAUUAUUAGUGAAAGUAAAAAUUAUAAUCAAGAAUUUAUUGACAAUUUUAGCUGUAAUGCAAAAUUAGAAAGAGCAAACAUAAAUAGUGAUAAUUCAAAAAAUAUGCAUGAUACUUUUUAUAAAAAGAGUUAUUCUAAAAAUGAUAAUUAUAAUGAUGAAAAUAACACAUAUACUAAUAACGUAAAUAAAAAUUUUAAAAAUAAUUCUAAAGAUUCUUUUACAUUUUAUAAUUCUUCAAAUAAAUAUUCAGAAGAAAAAAAUUUAAAUGAUGAAAAUAAUAAAUAUGUUAAUAAUAAUACAUCUUCAUUAUAUGAAAAUAUAAAUAAUAGUAAUCUUUACCAAAACUUAUUUGAUAAUAAAGAUAGAAUAAUGUUUCAAUCUGCAAAAUCAUUAAAUUUCCCGACAUCUGAUAUUUAUUGUGAUAAUAAUAAAACGAUAGCUACUUUAAAUGAAAAAGAUCACAUGGAUUCACAAAACUUUUUAAAUAAUAAUUUUAAUAAAAUAAAUGAAAAUUUUCUUAAAAAGAACAUGGAGUCAAAUAAUAAUAUGUAUAAUAUGCAUAAUGCUUCUCAUCAUAAUUAUCCAAAUGAAGGUUUUUUUAAUAGAGAAGAGGAAAACAAUGAAGGAGGUAAUUUAACAUCAGCUCAAUCACAAUAUUAUUUCAAUAAUUUAAGUAGAAAAAAAAUUAUGAAUAAUUUAAAUACUAAUAGUCUGAAUGAAAUUUUAAGAUUUAAUAACAGUAGUAAUAUUAGUAAUGUUAAUAACACUGAUGAUGUUACAAAUAUUCAUAAUGUUUGCCAGAAUAGUUAUAAUACAAACAUUAAUCAGAAUCAUUCUACCAUUAAUGGAAAUGCAAUUUAUAGUUUUAAUAACAAUUUUAAAAUAAAUAACAUUGAUUAUCAUAAUCAUAUUAACAGUGUUAAUAUCAGUAAUUGUAAUACCUAUAACAAUUAUAAUAAUGGAGAUGCUCAUAAUAAUAUAGACAUAAUAAAAAUGAAAAACACUAAUAAUGAAAAGCAUAGUGUUACCAAUAAUUUUUGUAAUUUAAAUAAUAUGAAGAAUGCAUAUUCAAGCAAAUUUAAUAGUACAGAUAGCCAAUUAAAUCCAGUUAAUGAGAGUAACGUAAGUGAUAGCUUUAACGAAACUCAAAUGAAUGCAAUGGAUAAAUGUAAAAAUAUAAGCGAUGGAAAUACGCCAUAUAACAUAGAAAACAUAAAUUAUUUAAUGAAUAAAAUAGAUAAUUCUAAUUCAUUUUACGAUAAUUAUAAAUUUAUGAAUAUUAUUAAUUAUAAUGAAAAAAUGUCUAGUGAUGAAAAUAUUUAUAAAGAUAGCAAUUUAAAUUUAAAAAAAAUGAAGAAUCUCCCCGGAAAUAAUACUUCUAGUUUUAAAAAUCCGUAUUUAUAUAUGAACAAAAAUAUGAAUCCUGAGGAAGUUGAUACAAUUACUUAUGAAAAUAUAAAUGAAAUGAAUAACAAUAUUGAUCAUAUGAAAAAUGAUUCGAGUAGUACGUGUUGUGAUAAUAAUAAUAGUAAUAAUGAUAUAGUCAAAGGUGAAAUGAUUUUAAAUGGAUUAUAUGAUAACAUCAGUUUUGAUAAUUAUAAAAAUAAUACUUCAUUAAUAAUGGAUUUUAAUAAAAAUAAGCAGAAUAAUAAUUUUUAUGAAUCUUUCAAUGCUGAUCUUAAAGAUAAACAGAAGAAUAGUAAUGAUAACUUUAAUAAUUCAACUAAUCUCAUAAAUUGCAAAGGCUAUCAAUUUAAUAGUAAAAAUACCUUUAAUUCACUAAGUAAUAAUAUAAAUAGCUUAAAUGAUUUAAAAAAUAUGAAUGACUUAAAUAAUGUAAAUUGUUUAAAUGAUUUUAAAGAUACAGAUACACUAAAUAAAUUAAUUAGUUGUAAUGAUAAGAAUAAUACAAGUGCUGUAAAUAAUUUUAAAAACAUAAAUGAAUUAAAUAGAAUUCUUGGAGUAAAAAAUAUAAAUGACGCAAAAACGGAUAAUAUGAAUAUCAUUUUUGGAAAUAUGGAUAAAGUGAAUAUUAUGAACAGUUCAGAAAAUUUGAAAAAUUUUACAAAUAAUAACAUGAACAACAUAAGUGAUAAUAUUAACAAAAAUUUUGUCCUUGAUAAUUCAUUUAUUAAUACAUUGGGAAAUAAUACAAAUAUUCCUAAUAAGGAACAUGUAGAUUUUGAUCCUAAUAAUAUUAAUUUUUUAAAAAAUUAUAAUUUUAACAGUUAUAUGUUUCUACUUCAACUAAAUAAAAUAAAUGACUACUAUAACUCAAUAAAUAAUAAAAAUAUAGUAGAUAAUUCUAAUUUUAAUUUAAAUAUACCCAUACAAGUACCACAUAAUAACAUGAAUAUAUUUGCAAAUCAGAAGAAACUAGAAUUUGAUAAGCAGUCUAAUAAAUCAUAUAUCAAUGAAAUAAAUUCUAAUUGUGAAAAAAACGCUAUCAUUAUAAAUAACUGUUAUGCCUCUCCUGUACCUAAUAUAGUUCUUAAAAAUAAUAAAGAAAGUAAUGUAAAUAUAUCAAAAAGUAAUAUUAGCGAUGAUUAUAUAAAUAAUUAUAAACAACUAUAUGUUCUUAAUAGUGAUAUUUUAAAUAUAGAUUCGAAGAAAAAUACAAAUAUGGACUUUAAUAAAAAUUUUGUAAAUUAUGAAAAUCAAAUAAAAUAUAUGAAUAAUUCUAAAGGAAACAUAGUUAAUUAUGAUAAUUAUAAUAUGAAUGUUCAGAAUAAAAAUCUAAACUCAAUUUUUUCUUUAGAUUCAUUAAAAUGCAAUCUAGCAAAUAACAAUUCCAAUUAUAUAAAUAUAUUAAAUAACAUAUGCCAUAUCAAUGAUGAUAAUUCCAAUACUCAAGGCACAUGCACAAAUAACAAAUUAAUGUUGAACGAUAAAAAUAAAAAGAACAAUCAUAAUGUUAAUGAAUUAUAUGAAUUAAAACAUGUAAAUCUCAAUGAAAAUAGAGGUAUAAAUUCUAUUAUUCCUGUCAAUUUUCCUAUUAAGAAUUAUUAUAAUUUUCAAUUAUUAUUAAAUGUACUAAAAGGAAAGCAAUUAUAUAAUUCUUUUAAUCAUGAUACUGGAAAAGAACAAAAUAAUAAUUGCAUGAAUUUAAAAAAUAAUAAAAAGAAUUAUUCUAUUUCUUCAGUAGGAUUUAGUAAUAGAAGCAAAAGAUGGACUAUUUGCCCCUCAUAUAUUUGUUGCAAUAGCGCAUUAUGUAGAUUUAAAUUAACGUGUAAUUUUAAAUUUUUGCAGUUCAACCAAGCUUAUAACACUUUUAAUAUUCCUUAUGCCAUUUAUAAUUGCUAUAAAAAUAUUAUGAAUAAUUAUCAUUAUUUCACAUCAACUUUAUGUCCACAGCAAACUUACUUGUCAAAACAUUCAGCACAAGAACAUGAAACUAUAUUCAACGUUUACUGGCAUUUAUUAAAUAAUGAAAAAUAUAAAUAUAUACAGAAUAUUAUAUUAUUUUUAGAUAGUAAUUUAUAUACAAGAGCAGUAUGGUUAUUAAAAAAAGGACACAAUAUGAAUGAUUUUGAAGUUCAAAGAGCUGAAAAGAAAUUAAUAAAAUUAAUGCUUUUAGUAUUUAAAUUUACCUAUGAAUUUAAAAAUGACAACGACAAAUAUGAACAUAUAAAAUCAUUUUUGUAUUCUAUAAAGAAUAGUCAUAUUAAUUUUGAAAUUAUGAAUAGAUUUUUAUUUUAUUAG